CACAUUUAUGAUAACUACACAUUCCCCUAUCCAUCAACCCCUUAAAUCUUUAAUCCUCUAUGUUUCUACAAGAUCAAAUUUUGGUGAGUUUUAGAGGGUGAGUGUAUCAGAGUGAAGAAAUGAAAACAAACAAGGGGAUCAUGUUGGAUACUCAAGAGUCUCUAAAGAAGAAGACAACAGUUCCAAGAAGCUGGAUUUUGAUAGAUAGAAAUGGAGAAAGCAAGAUUUUGGAGAUGGAUAAGUAUGAUAUCAUGCAGAGAGUUCGGAUUUAUGCUAGAGAUCUUCGAAUCCUCGAGCCCGUGUUGUCUUAUCCCUCUGCAAUUUUGUGCAGAGAGAGAGCUAUUAUUCUCAACUUGGAGCAUAUAAAAGCAAUCAUCACAGCUGAAGAGGUACUGCUUCAAGAUCCGCUUGAUGAUAAUGUUGUUCCCGUUGUCCAAGAACUUGAAAGAAGAUUGCCUGUAGUGAAAAAAGGCCAAGGAAAUUAUGAAGAGAACUUGGGGUCCCCAAAUGAUAUAGAAACCAGUGAUGAUAAUGAAUUUCCAUUUGAGUUGCGGGCUCUAGAAGUGGCACUUGAAGCUAUUUGUAGUUUUCUUGAUGCCAGAACAAUAGAAUUGGCAGUUGCAGCCUACCCGGCUUUAGAUGAACUGACCUCAAAGAUUAGUAGCCGUAAUCUAGAUCGUGUACGCAAACUGAAAAGUGCAAUGACAAGAUUGACCAGCAGGGUUCAAAAGGUAAUGGAUGAAAUUGAACAGCUUUUGGAUGAUGAAGGUGACAUGUCCGGACUUUACUUAUCAAGGAAACUAGAUGGUGUAUCUUCGCCAAGCAGUCGUAAUGGGGUUCAUAAGUGGUUAUCCGUCUCUCCAACUUUAGGCUCAAAGAAAAGCAGGGAAGGUGCAGCAACUAUACAUGGAGAAAACCAUCUUGAAGAACUCGAAAUGUUGCUAGAGGCUUAUUGUACACAAGUUGAAGGCACACUAAACAGACUGAAAACGCUGCGGGAAUACAUUGAUCACACAGAAGAUUACCUUAAUAUUCAGCUGGACCAUCAUCGUAACCAACUGAUUCAGCUGGAGCUAGUUCUGAGUUCUAUGAAUGUAUCCCUAUCUAUAUACUCUUUAGUGACCGCGAUUUUUGGCAUGAACAUUCCAUAUACAUGGACUGACAACCACGGAUAUGUAUUUAAGUGGGUAGUCAUAGUAUCCGGCAUUGUGUCUGCCUUCACUUUCAUGGCAAUAAUUAUCUAUGCACGGCAAAAACGUCUCAUUGGAUCUUGGUUUUGUUAGCACUGUAAUGCACAUGAAUCAGUUCAUUGUGCAACCAGUUUUUAUAUCUGUGUUGGAUAGUCAUUCUAACAGUGAUCAAGAUUCUGAUCUGUCCAAAUACUGUUCUAUGUAAUCUGUGGGAUAUUUCAAUAUUCUGAAUCAGUAAGCAAUCCAGAAAAAAUUGAAUUUCA